AUGACUUUGGCGACUGAAUCUGAUGAGCAUCAACAGCAAGAACGAAGCUUUGUGUUGUGUUACCCCAACACUUCCGACUUAAGGUACCGAGACUUCAUCCACAAGAAUCUGCCCUUACAUAGGGCUCCCGUCAUAGAAAGUCUGGUCCUAAAAUCUAGAAAUCCUCAGUUAUUUCGACCUGAGAAUAUCAAACUAUGGGUUGGAAUCGCGGUUUCUCGCUGCGUGCGUGAGCUAAGUCUAAGGAUCUGCUAUGACACCAUUGAUAACAAACCUUUUGUGCCGUUGCCGAGUAGUCUCUACACGUGCUGCAACUCCCUCACGGCUUUGAAACUCAAAGGGGAGUCUAUCUUCGUGGACGUGCCUCAAAGUGUUAAUCUCCCUAACUUGAAGACGUUGAAGCUUCGAGACGUUACUUACUUAAACGACGACGCUCUUCGACUGCUUCUGUCUAAUUGCACUGCUCUUGAAGAUCUUUUUAUUGACCGACACGGAGACUACGAUGACAAUUUGAGGGCAGUAAUUGUUAAGGUCUCUACUUUGCAGCGAUUGACCUUGAAGACGCGCAGUGAAUAUCCUUCUGUACAGCAUGUCAUCGUUACUCCUUCUUUGAAGUAUUUAAAAAUCUAUGAAGAUGGAGAUAAUUUAUCCUAUAUUAUUGAGGAUAUGCCAAAGCUAGAAGAGGCAGUUAUUGAUGUUGCACAUUUUCUCGAUGAGCUUCUUCGAUCAAUGACAUCCGUCAAACACCUUUCAGUACGUCAGAUUACAAACCUUGAAGAAGAUCAGUCUAAGCUUAAUGUUGGUACCGUCUUCCACCAGCUUGAAGAUUUGAAGCUGUGUAUAUUGAGGGAGGAUUGGUCCAAGGUCCUUGUCUGGUUGCUUAGAAAUUCUCCUAAACUGCGAGUCCUCAAUCUUUACACUGAUAUGCAUAUAAGGUUGAGUGGAAAAAUCGGAGCUCUGUUCCUGAAUGUUUGAAGAACACUCUUGAAACUUUCAAGUUUGAAGGGUUCAUGGGAACACAAGAAGAGGGGGAUUUCUUGAGUUUUUUCUUCAAAAAUGCUUGUUGCUUAAAGUCUACAUCAAUCACUGAUUGUGCUACACAAGGAGGUUAUUGAUGGCACUGAAGAAUGGGAGAAGUGUGGCUACAAAAAUAGCAGUGUCACCUGCAUAUGGAAAAGUGAUUCUAUGAACGCUGCAGUUCAUAGACUCAUUGGUUGCGAUUACAAUGUGUUAAUCUGAAUGAACUUCUAAGUAAUGGUUGUGUGUUUCAGUCAAGUUUGAACUUAUGCUCUAGUUUAUAAAAUCACAUUAUAAGUA